GCGUUAUUCCGGGGUAGAGCCACAGAAGCCGGUUGUCGGGCAGACGCCAUAUCAGGCCGCUUGCUCCAUAUUUUAUUUUAAUAAAUCUAACGUUUAGUGAGGUACGAUGCAUCUUUGAAAUGGCACAGAAAGACACGUUGGUACAUCUCGUCGCAGGGGGAUGUGGUGGAACUGUAGGGGCCAUCAUGACCUGCCCACUGGAGGUGUUAAAAACCAGGCUCCAGUCGUCAGGCUUCACCCUCAGACCUGUGUUCCAGGUCCAGCUGGGUACGUUCAAUGGUACUGGCGUCAUUAGACCGGGACACGUCACCCCUGGCUUGCUGCAGGUCUUAAGGUCAAUUCUACAGAAAGAGGGACCAAGAUCUCUUUUCAGAGGACUGGGCCCGAAUCUCGUUGGUGUCGCACCCUCAAGGGCCAUCUAUUUUGCAGCUUAUUCAAAGUCAAAGGAGACUUUCAAUGGUAUCUUUGUGCCAAACAGUGGAGUGGUACACAUGUCCUCGGCGGGCUUUGCAGCAUUUGUCACAAACUCCCUGAUGAAUCCAGUCUGGAUGGUCAAAACAAGAAUGCAGCUCGAGAAGAAGGCACGAGGAGAGAAGAAAAUGAACGCGUUCCAAUGCGCGCGCUACGUGUACAAGACCGAAGGGAUGAGAGGUUUUUACCGGGGCUUGACUGCGUCAUACGCUGGCAUCUCGGAGACCAUGAUCUGCUUUCUCAUUUAUGAGACGCUGAAGAAGCACCUAGCACAUAGCAGAUUUACCACACCCACCACUGACACAGAAAAAAGGGCUUCGGAUUUCCUGGGCCUCAUGAUGGCUGCCGCCUUCGCAAAGGGUUGCGCGUCAUGCAUAGCUUAUCCACAUGAGGUAAUUCGGACAAGACUCCGAGAAGAGGGAAGCAAAUACAAGUACUUCUUUCAGACGGCACGCCUCGUGGCGGUGGAGGAAGGCUACGCUGCUUUUUACAGAGGUCUCAUUCCACAGCUCAUCCGACAGAUCCCCAACACGGCCAUAGUGUUGUCUACCUAUGAGCUCAUAGUCCAUCUACUGGGUGAUACCUCCAAAUGAAGCAUAAAGACUUUUUGAUCUCCAGCUGGAUUGCUGCGUUGUGAGGAACGUUUGAAUAUCCAAAGACUUUUAAAAGCAUAUUUUUUAUUUAAGUUUAUGAAUGCACAUGUUAUCAGAUUCGUUUUGCUUGUUUGUGUUACGUGAACGGCGCAUAUGACAUAGUUUUUCCAAGGGUUUGUGUACACUGUAUCAUUGUAAAUAAAAAAGGUCAUCUUAGUAUACAACUUUCUUUUUUGUUAACUAAAUUAUUCUUGUAAGUAGCAGCUUUUUGGUUGCAGGCAUUGAUUUCUUUGGUUCUACGAUUUAAGAAAUGUCUAACGGGUUUUGUUAAUUAUUACUGGAUCCUGGUUUUAUUAUGUUCUUGGAAUGGAAAUGAUGCUGAAAUGAGAUCGUGGAAUAGCUCUAUAGGAGAUACUUGUCAACCUCUUUGUGGCACCUUCUGUAGGAGCGUUCUGGUGUCCGACCAAUUAAUUCCAUUCACCUUGUUAGAUAUGUUUUAUCUGUUUAUUUUGUUUCCUUGAGACGUUUGGGAAGUUAUGCAGAAAAGGAAGGUAUUGAUGCAUAUGCAGCUGAUGGUUUCAUAAAAUAAAUAAUGAAAGGUG